AUGCCGCGGCCGGGGAAGAGUUCGUACAGCGACCAAAAGCCGCCCUACUCUUACAUCUCGCUGACCGCGAUGGCCAUCCAGCACUCGGCCGAGAAGAUGCUGCCUCUGAGCGACAUCUACAAGUUCAUCAUGGAGCGCUUCCCCUACUACCGCGAGCACACGCAGCGUUGGCAGAACAGCCUCCGGCACAACCUCUCCUUCAACGACUGCUUCAUCAAGAUCCCGCGGCGGCCCGACCAGCCCGGCAAGGGCAGCUUCUGGGCAUUGCAUCCCGACUGCGGCGACAUGUUCGAGAACGGCAGCUUCCUGAGGCGCCGAAAGCGCUUCAAGGUGCUGCGCGCUGACCACACUCACCUGCACGCGGGAAGCGCCAAGGGCGCGCCAGGUGCUGGCCCCGGAGGGCACCUGCACCCGCACCACCACCAUCACGCUGCCGCGCACCACCACCAUCACCACCACCCGCCCCAGCCGCCGCCGCCCCAGCCGCCGCCGCCGCACAUGGUGCAUUAUUUCCACCAGCAGCCGCCUCCGGCUCCGCAGCCGCCGCCGCACCUCGCGUCGCAGCCACCGCAGCAGCCGCCGCCGCCGCCGCAGCCGUCUCACCCCGGCAAGAUGCAGGAGGCGGCGGCCGUAGCGGCGGCGGCGGCAGCGGCGGCGGCGGCGGCCGUGGGCAGCGUGGGGCGCCUGUCACAGUUCCCGCCCUACGGGCUGGGCUCGGCCGCCGCCGCUGCUGCCGCCGCCGCCGCUGCGUCCACGUCGGGCUUCAAGCACCCGUUCGCCAUCGAAAACAUCAUAGGCCGGGACUGCAAGGGCGUGCUGCAGGCCGGCGGGCUGCCCUUGGCGUCCGUCAUGCACCACCUGGGUUAUCCCGUGCCGGGCCAGCUCGGCAACGUCGUCAGCUCCGUGUGGCCGCACGUCGGCGUCAUGGAUUCAGUGGCCGCGGCCACGGCCGCCGCGGCCGCCGCGGGCGUCCCCAUGGGCCCGGAGUAUGGGGCCUUCGGUGUACCGGUCAAGGCCCUGUGCCACUCGGCAAGCCAGAGCCUGCCUGCGGUGCCCGUGCCCAUCAAGCCGACUCCUGCGCUGCCACCGGUGGCCGCGCUGCCCGCAGCGCUCGCUGUCCCCGCGGCCGCACAGCAGCCGCCGGCACCGUCCACCGUGUGCCCGGCGGCCGCCGCCUCACCCGCCGUCUCUCUGAUGGAGCCCACCCCUCCGAGUGCGGCCGAGAGCAAAGGCGGCUCUCUGCACUCGGUGCUGGUGCAUUCUUAGGGUACCCAGCGGGCUGAGAGAGACGAACGCAUGGAGACUCACCUGGCCCUGGACCGCCGGAGAGGGCGAGGGCGCCCUGACCAGGUCGGGUAGAGCUGGCGAGCCCCAGCCUUUGCGGGAAAGGAAGGUAUUUAAACAAACCCGAAAGUAGAUUCUCCAGUGGUCUGAAUAAAUAUAACACUUCUGGUGUCUGUGUUUAUACUAUGUUGUACAAUCAGAAUAAUGAAAGCCAAUUUUCAGGUAAGAGUUUCUAUUGUAAUUAAAAUUAUAAAUCCGUAAGUUAUGGGGGGAGGGAACGAACGAGUUUGGGGAAGCCUCAUUCCCUGGCAUAUUGGAAUUGGAUUUCUAUUCUUACUCCCGGGAGCAGAAGAUGGCAGGACUAAACCUCCCUGGGAGAAAGCCAACAGAGAGUGACGAUGAAACAGACCUCAGCCACCAAGUUUCUUCCCGCGGGUCUCAACCUCUCGUGAACAAUGUCGCCUCUCGUGAACAUUGUAGACAAAACUGCUAUUCACUAAGGAAAUCUCGUUUUAUUUAAGAAGGAAAAGAGGGAGCAUUUGAUACCGUUAUUUUCCUGGUCGGUGAAAUGGACAAGGACACGGUAGCAUGAAUAAAGCCUCUUUGGGGGCAGUGGGAACCUCACGAAGGAUCUUGGGAAACAGUUAAGUUUCUUGGCUCUGACCCGAGGGUCGAGAAGGAUAGAAGGAACGGCUAAAGCAAUUAGUUUGCACAAAAGAGAAUGGCAGCAGCUUAAAGCGCAAAGCCCCAGAUUCCAAAAGUAAGUUCGGGAAACAUAACCAAAGAGAGACAUUAAAGGAGACUUUCUACCUGCAAUUCUUUUGUGAAUCAAUCGGAUGAGACCGUUGAGGAGCCCCCAGACAAUGUGAAUUCCCAUGAUCCGUUACAUUUGGGAUUUUUGUUUUUAAUCACUUGCAUCAUGGGAUUUUGUUCCCCUAACUCAAGAAUGCAAGAAAAACCUGCCACGUCACCCGACAAUAUUGCUCUUAACGUUUCCAGGAGCGUUUUGUGGCCGUUGCCUCCCAGCCUCCUCGGGACAGAUGCGUGAGGAUGACCGGUCACCUUUGCACGCUGCCUUCGAUUUGGUAUUCCAUGUGCUGUUUGGGCGCGUUCUUCUUUCAGGCGAACUCUUCAGUUUCAGAUCCUGAAUGGAAAAGAAACUUGCUUUGCCGCUGUUGCUCUUCCCCGUUUUUGAGACCCAGGAAUAGCACUUUACU